GUCCGGCAAGAGCUGGGUUUCAGCCUGGGUUGCCCACGACAGCGAAAGCGACUGGCAGGUGGCGGUAGGGUGACUUCUUCAGCUUAAGUGCUUAGCGGGCAGGCGAAGGGGCGGAGCAAGAGAAGAAAACACAAAGGACCGGGAGGAAGCCGGGGAGACCGGUGCGGGCCGCGGGCCGUGGUGCAGUCGCUGGGGAGCGAGGCCUGCUGGGCUCAGCAACGGGGGACGAGGUCUUGGAGGCGACCCGGCCCUCACAGACACUGGGUCAAGGAGAAAGCAGAGGAUAAUCAACUGGAAGGAGAGCAAGCACUAAGUCAACAUGGCUUCAACGUCUACUCGUGGAAACCAAGAUAAAGAUCCCCAUUUGCCACCACCAAGCAAGCAGCUCUGCCUUUUUCUCUUGUAAGCAUGCUUGUCACCCAGGGACUAGUCUACCAAGGUUAUUUGGCAGCUAAUCCUAGAUUUGGAUCAUUGCCCAAAGUUGCCUUUGCUGGUCUCUUGGGAUUUGGCCUUGGAAAGGUGUCAUACAUAGGAGCAUGCCAGAGUAAAUUCCAUUUUUUUGAAGAUCAACUUCGUGGGGCUGGCUUUGGUCCACAGCAUAACAGGCACUGCCUGCUUACCUGCGAGGAAUGCAAAAUAAAGCAUGGAUUAAGUGAGAAGGGAGACUCUCAGCCUUCAGCUUCCUAAACUCUGUGUCUCUGACUUUCAAAGUUUUUUAAACCUCUGAAUUUGAACACAUUUAAAAUUUCAAGUGUACUUUAAAAUAAAAUACUUCUAAUGGAACAAAAA